AUGAGCCAGAGCCAAGUCGUCGGUCCCAGUAUAUCUGGACUGGCCUCGUGGGCGCUCCAAUUCAGCCCGACCGCGUGGUUCAAGUCGUGGCUCUUGUAUUUGGGGAUCCAGACGCAUGUGCGAGGGACGAUUGAGCCGGAGAUGAAGCCACUACACAACGUCUGCGAAUAUCUGCACGCGCUGCACAUCUACACGGACGAGGCUCGACGGGGGGAGGUGAGGACCGUUUCGGCCCAUCACUUUUGCUCCCACGUCAGUAAAGAUCUUCGACAGUGCCUCAUCUACGACUCGUGCAAACCCGGAGCGAGACUCAUUGGCGUCGAGUUCAUGAUCCCCAAAUCCCGCUACGAAGCGCUCGACCGGCAAGAACAACGGUACUGGCACUCGCACGAGUUCGAGGUCAAGUCCGGCAUGCUCGUGCUCCCGUACCCGGAGUCCCACAGGCGCCGGAAAGACAAGUGGGACGCCCUCGAGACCAAGGCCAUGGAGGAGGUCGUCACGCUCUACGGCAAACUGUACCACUUCUGGCAGGUCGACCAGGGGGACGAACUGCCACUGGGUCCGCCGACGCUGAUGGGCUCGUUGACCGAGGCGAGACAGCUCGACGUGGACGCGGCCAUGAGGGAGAGGAACGAGGACUUGGGCAUCGAUCAGCCGGGGAAGCGUAAAUUGAGAGAGGACAUCGAAUUGCCUGGCGUCUCAGAGAAUGCGGACAGUUGGUGGAAAGAAGCUCAGCGCGAGAAAGUCGGUAUCUACGCUGCGUGA